AUGAUGCGGCUGCGGGGGAUUGACGGGUCAGGCACAGAGGGGAAAGAAGAAGUGACUGAAGAGAGGGAGCGUACAAAUGGCUCAAAGGGCUAUGUGACUGUAACGAAGGGGGAGAAGAAAGGGGAAGGAGAUGAGGUGGAGGGAAGUGUGUGCAGUACUGCCAGCAACGGAAGCAGCAGCAAUGGUUCUUCACCUGUUGGUGUAACCAGGAGCAGCACCAGCAACAGUAGCAACAGUGAAGAGAGUAGUCAUGACCUGACUUCAUCUGACAGUACUGCCGUGCUUGCUUUGCAGUCAUCCCAGGCCGUUGAUGUGCGCUACAGCGAUCUCGUGGCCGAUCCGAUGGCCACGGUGCGCCGCAUCUACCGAGAUCUGCUCAAGCGCCAGCUGGACGAUGACGUGGCGGAUAAGAUGCGCGCCUACCUGGCAGGCAACUCCAAGGAGAAGCGGCCGCGGCACCACUACAAGUGGGAAGACACAAUGCUGGAUAAGCAGCAGGAGAAGCAGCGCUUCGAGUUCUACAUCCGUGCUUUUGGCCUCGAUAGUGAGCAGUAG